CACGUGAAGCAGUAUCUUGUGUAAAUAUUUUCUCUAUUUUAAUAUGGCUACAUCUCCUAGUCUAAGUUGGCAUCACCAUGAAGAUAGAAACAAGACCGUUUGUGAGCACAGCUGUUUUUAUUAUGUUGUUUGCUAUAGGUACUGCCGAGUCAAGGGAUGGUAGAGACCUGAACCUGACUGGCUCUGAAGCAGAAAUACUAGUGCAGUUGACUGAUCCUCGUCACUACAACAAGUUGAGUCGACCCAAUCCCAAUGAAAUAACCACAGUUUACGUUCACAUUCACGUCUAUUCUUUAGGAUCUAUAGAUGCCCAAAAUCUGCGAUAUACUGCCCAGAUACUACUUCGCUACCGAUGGAAAGACUCAAGACUAAAGCAAGAUGACGUCCUCCAAUAUGAAGGAGAGUUGGCAACAAGAAUUUGGUUUCCUCACAUUUACAUAGUCAACGAACAAGAGUCUAAAGUGAUGGGAAUUUCUGGGAAAGACAUCAUCAAUUCUAUCCAACCUGAUGGAACUGUCGUACAUUUAUCAAGGAUGAAAGUUACUCUUCAGUGUGUAAUGAAUCUUCAAAAGUUUCCAUUUGACAGCCAGAAAUGCCCAUUGAUAAUGGAAAGUUGGAACUACAAUGCCAGUCAGCUGGUCCUGAUGUGGGAGGAUGACUCUCCUGUGACAGUGGACAGCCACCUGCAACUACCCGAGUACUCCCUGGAGGGUGUCAUCAUCAACAGUACCACAGCCAAAUAUUGGUGGCAGAAAACCAGCAAUAUGAAUCAACAUUUGAAUGGUUUCUAUGGGAAAGCAGCUGGUAACUUUAGCACAUUGUCAGUGCACUUUGCCCUCCAGCGGCAGUAUGGGUUCUACAUAAUGGACUACUACGUUCCCAGUAUACUGAUUGUCGUGGUAUCCUGGGUCACCUUCUGGUUGGACGCCAACUCCACUCCUGGCCGAACAGUCCUCGGAACAAGCACGUUGCUGACAUUCAUCACACUGUCAAGGAACAUUGGUUCUUCACUACCGAAAGUGUCCUACAUUAAAUCAUCUGAAAUCUGGUUUAUUGGAUGCACUGGGUUCAUAUUCAGCUCUCUUACUGAGUUUGCGUUUGUCAACAUUAUCUGGAGAAGAAAAAAAAAUGUGGACCUUAAAAAAGUGACAAGCAAGCACAUUCUACAAUCAACUUUAACUCCUCAGCUGUAUCACAAACAUAUCAAUCUCAGCCACUCCAAGUCCUUCCCUUCAAUGUCUUCCAUGAAUGACUCCCAGUUAAGCUCCUCUUUGGAAAAUAAAGACAGCCAUAGUCAGCUGACACUGAGAUUAGACUCCAUUAACCCUGAUCCGUUCCCAUCUAGAGCUCUCCGUGAUGAACUGGUCACUGUGACUUUGCCUGUUCCCAACAUCCAAGUCCCACCGGAGGCCAAGAGCUUGUUCACCAUGACUCCCCAAGAGAUUGCCAACUGGAUUGACAGGAGAAGUAGACUGGUCUUCCCCAUCGCCUUCGUUAUCUUCAACUGUCUCUACUGGGUUUGGACUCUGGUUUUAUACUGAAAAAUUUUACCUUAGAAACUAAGCAACUGUUAAAUAUUUUUAAGAAUGAUUCAAAGUUAAUUCUUUGUUAAAUUAAUGUUAUAUUGUAGAUAGGACAAACUUGGAUUUGAAUCAAAUUAAAAUAUGUUUUCUAUAUUAAUACA